UGAGAGGCUGUGGCUCGUCGUCGAAGACGACUUCGUCCGCGGCACACACCGCCGCCGCCCAUAGACCACUUGCUCGAGAGGCUGUGGUAGACGCUUUCGUCCGCGCGCCGCCCACCGCGCACCCCAAAACCCGAUGGCCUCCUUCGCCGGCCCGUCGGCGACGACCUUGAUGAAGGUGCGGUCGAGCCGGGGCGCCGUCAUCCGGUCGGACAGCGCCCUGGACUCGGCCGUCGUCGCGUCCCUCAAGAAGGGCGACCGCGUCGAGGUCGACGCGUCGGUCGCCCCCGUGGAGGUCGAGGGCCUCGCGCGCGUGCGCGUGUGCUCGCCGGCGGCCGGCUGGACGAGCGCGAACCUGCUCAAGGCCUGCAAGGACGAGGGCCGCCGCGGGCGCGACGCCGCGCCGAAGGACGGCGCCGCGGCGCCGCGCGGCGCGUCGCCGCCGCCCGGCGAGCGCGGCGGGUCGCCGCCGCCGCCCGAGCGGCCCGACGACCCCGAGCAGGAGCCCGGCCUCGAGGCCGAGGAGGAGGGCGUCGACGAGGGCGACGACCGCGACGCGCCCGAGGAGGGCGACGGCGACGCCACCAAGGCCGCGGCCGAGAAGGACAAGCGGCGCAAGGCGCGGCGCGCGCGCCACGAGCGCGAGAAGAUCCAGGCGCGGCUCAAGGCGGCGACGGUGCCCGAGGACGGCGACGGCGACGACGUCGCCGAGUGGGAGCCGCCGGAGCACCUCGGCGAACUGAGCGCCUGGUGCGAGGGCGCCGAGUUCGUGAGCCCGCUGUCCGCGCGGCCCUACAAGCCGCCGGACUGGGUGCCGCCGCCCAAAAAACGGGACACGCGCGACUACGACCUGUCGAAGCCCGGCGCGUCCAUGCCCGUCGACGUCUACGAGGAGCGCAUGUUCGAGGCCAGCGGCGGCCUCGAGGGCUACGCGCUGCGGGCGAUGAACGAGAUGGACCACUACGACGAGCUCGAGCGGCGGACGCACGCCGAGGCCAUGCGCGACGUCGAGCGGGGGAGCCUGGCCGAGGGCAUGCGCGAGCUGAAGCUCCGCCUCGACCACGACGAGGACGAGUGGUCCAAGCUCCUGGAGCUGAACAUGCCGCCGAAGCCCGAGCCGGAGGUCGCGCCGACGAUCGCGCCCAUGUUCGACGACUCCGGCAGCGGCGACUUCGCCGGGGGCGACGCCAAGACCCGGGCGACGAAGCGGUCGCCGCGGCUGCCGUCCGCGGCGCAGGCGGGCGAACGCGUCGUGGGCAAUUUUACGCUGAGCAACGGCGCGUCCGGCCGCGGCGCGCCGCUCGUGUCCUGCGUCUGCCCGACGACGGCGAGCCGCCACCACCUCCACGGCGCGCUCUACAAGUGCUUCAAGUGGCAGACCUACCCGAACCUGGAGCUGGUCAUCUACGACACGUCGCCCGUGCCGUCGCCCGUGUUUACGUCCAAAAAGGUUGCGCGGGAUUCCCGCGUGCGCUACGUCCACAAGUACGAGAAGCCGCCGCUCAAGUGGGACGGCCUGGGCAAGCCGCCGAAGGAAGCGUCGGAGAACCGCGACCCCAUGCGCGUGGGCGUCAAGCGGAACUGGCUCGCGAACGCGGCCAUGGGGCAAAUCGUCGCGCACUUCGACGACGACGACCUGUACGCGCCGACCUACGUCGAGCGCAUGGUCAAGGCGUUGGAUUCGAAGAAGGCGGACCUCGUCAAGCUCUCCGCGUUCUACUACUACGACGUCCUCGACGACCCGGACUGGCUCUACCGCUACGACGCCGACGACGACAUGGAGGCGGGCCGCCACCUCCGGCGCUGGUCCUACGGCUUCUCCUUUGUGUACCGCAGCGAGCUCGCGGACAGCGUCGGCUUCCACGACGACGGCUGGUGCGGCGAGGACUACGACCUGGCCACGCGCGCCGCGCGGCUCGGCUACCGGUGCGCGUGCGUCCGCGACGACGCGGACCACGCGUGCGCGCUCCACAUGCGCCACCGCUCCAACGCCAUCGCCACGCCCAUCUUCCGGAGCGACGGCGAGUACGGCGUCCGCAUGCGCGGGCGCGUCGUCCAGGCGCUCCAGCUCCGCUGCACGGAGGACCGCGUGCCCUCGAAGCUCAUCUCGCGCGUCUUCAAGUGCACCGUGCUCGACGCCAUGCUCGACGACGACGAGGAAUUGCCGUUCAAGUACGGGCUGCCUCGCCCGAUCUCAUUCGGGUGGCGGGGCGGCGUCACACAUCGUCCCGCGCGCGCCGCCAUGGCGUCCUGCCCGAAGAUGCAGACGCUCAUGGCGCUGGCCGUGGAGCUGAGCCACAAGCUCGAGCGGAGGCCCAAGGAGAUCUACGCCCGCGGCGUGCCCGGCGUGCACGUCGACGUCUUCUCCAGCGGCGCCGCCGUCGAGGCCUUGCAGACCUGCGCGGGCCUCGCCAAGGAGACGCGCGAGGAGGCGCGGCGCGUCUGGGAGCAGCUCGUCGCCGCGUCCUUCGUCAAGCACGUGUCCAGCUCGCGGCGGAAGCGCAACUCGCUGGACCAGGGCAUGGGCCGCGAGCGGAAGGACAAGGUCGGCGCGCACACGCUCUACCGCUUCGACGACCGCGCCUUCGCGCCCUACACGCUCCACGUCGCCGUGCUCGCCGUGCGGGGCCUGCCGCCGGGCCACACGGCGUCGUCCAUGGCGCACCGCGGGUCCGCGGCGAUCCACGCGACGGACUGGUACCAGUCCGUGAACACGGAGUUCGAGGCCUACGGCUACGACCCGGAGUGGCCCGACGCGCCGACGGCGGCGCGCGUGGGCUUCGAGUGGUCCCUCGUGGGCGGCCGCCUGUGCGGCCGCGCGGGCGCGAACCGCGCGACGGCGGCCGUCGACCUCAGGCUGCCCUCGACGAUGCACCUGCAGUCCAAGGCGGCGGCGGACCAGCCCACGAAGACGCCUCACGCCCACGACGCCGACGGCAACCUCAUCUGCGACCUGCUCUCCGACAAGGCCGCGUACCGCUUCGAGCACGACUCGUACGAGCACUGCGUCGCCAAGCACGCGCGCUGGGCCAGGGCGACGGCCGACGACGACUCCGAGGAGGUGUUGACCGGCGCGCCCAUCGAAGUGUUGGUGGCGGCCUACGUGACGCGGCGGCGCAACGACGGCUCGAAGGAGAACGCGCGCGAUUCGGAGAAGCAGAACUCGGUGCAGAACUGGCGCGUCUACGCGCGCGUCCACAAGUGCGAGGGCUCGAAGAGCGGCGUGCCCAUCCUCGUCAAGUCCCAGGUCGUGCUCGAGUUCGGCUCGAAGAUCGCCGCGACGGAGCGGCUCACGGUCGCGCGCCAGAAGGACUUUUCCUCCGACGGCUGCGACUUCGGCGGCCAGCGGCUCCGGAACGUCGGCCUCGUCGCGCGGCGCAACGCGCAGGUCAAGUUCACGCUCUACGAGCGCCUCAAGACGGACCUGACGAAGACGCGGACCCUGGGCAACGUGUCCGUGCCGCUGAGCGACGUGCCCGUGCUCGAGCCCCACAAGGGCCGCGGCGUCCUGGCGAAGCACCGCGAGCCGAGCCCCCAGCGCUACGACCUCACGUACCGGCGCAUCAUCGACGGCUCCGAGAUCAAGAACGGCACGGUCUAUCUGAGCGUCUGGAUGUCGCCGCUCCUGUCCGUGUCGGACUUCGCGCGCUACUUCGCGAAGGCGCUCCGCUGGGGCUUCUGGGCCGCGUUCGUCGGACUCACGGCCGGCCUCGCCUACGCGUUCCGGGGCGGUCUGUUCGAGGCCUGCCUCUUCGUGUCGCCCCUGCCCAUCCUGCUCCUGCUCAUGGAGGCGCCCCAGUGGCUCGGCGCGUUCCUGACGUGGGUGCUGGGUCUCGCGGUGCCGGGGCUCAACUUGGGCUUCGGCGCGCUCCGGUUGACGUGCUGGUUCUCGGACACGAAGCCGUCGGCGGCGUCGUCGCCCCAGGACGCCGCGGCGCUGGCCGCGGGCGCGAGCCGGCGCCUGUGUUUGCGGGUCGAGGUCGACGACUUCUCCAUCGGGAACCCCGGACGGCCGGGCACGCACGCGCACGAGCACUUCGUCUUCGCGGCCAAGGUCGUCCUCGCCAUCUCGUUGGACGCGCGCCUCUUCCACGGCGCCGUCGACCUCGCGAAGAACGCGCUGCAGUCGGCCUGGGACUACAAGCGGGACCUCGCGGAGGCGAAGCGGAAGAAAACGGCGCCGCUCCCGAAGCCGCCGCGCGUCGUCAUGUGGAGCCCCUUCCCCGCGGUCCACGCGGAGCAGCGCAACGACGAGGACUUCGAGCCGACGCGCAUCGGGUCCCUGCGCUUCGACGAGAUCCGCGUCGACGACGUCAACGUCGCGUUCAACCAGUCGACGGCGAACGAGUUCAACAUCAACCACUUCGUGCGCGGCCUCGCGGCGGGCAAGGUGGGCCAGGCGCUGCCGCCGGGCGCCAAAGCGCCCAACGCGCUGACGGUCACGGUCGUCGGCGCGCGCGGCGUCCACGAGAAGAUCGCGCCGCAGAUCGAGGUCCACUGCCGCGACUUCAGAUGGGAGACGUCCGCGCGGCCCGCGGCGCGGUCCGGCGCGCACGUCUGGAACGAGUCCUGCACGCUGCCCGCGGGGGACCCCUCGGCCGUAUUGCACGUGGGCCUCAAGACCACGGGCCUCGCCGCGUCGAGCCACAUUUUGGGGCAGUGGAUCGUGACGCUGAAGAUGCUCGUCGUCGCGCCGACGAACGUCUUCGGCGAGAACCUGAGCCACGCCUACGAGGGCGGCUCGGCCUUUGUGUUGGAGGGCGACAUGCACCUGCGCAACGCCGAGUGGCUCGUCAUGGACCGGAGCCAGGCCGUCCGGCUCAGGCUGCGCUACUUCCACGACCCGGCGCUGCCGAGCUACGAGGACCAGAUCAACGCGAAGCCCAGGCCGGCGCUCGAGCAGCUCCAGGCCAACUCGCUGGAGACGACCUGGAAGAUGGGGUCGCUGACCUACCUGCGCUACAUGCUCCAGGACUUCCCGCUGCUCUUCGACGUCCGGUCCUUCGAGGUCACGCGCAUCAACUUCUACCUCAAGGACCUCUUCUCGAGCGUCGGCCGCGCGGCGGCGUCGACGUCCAUGAUCGAGAAGGCGAAGAUGGAGCGGAGCUCGUCGGGCCAGAUCAAGAACCACGUCUGGGUCGAGAAGCUGGACCUGCGGACGUCGCUCCAGGCGCCGGCGAGCGCGCCCGAGGGUCUGGACCUCUUCUCCCUGGCCAAGACCUUCGUCUUCUGCGCCGUGCGGCCCGUGCUCCGCGAGGUCAACGUCGGCGCGGCGCUGGGCCACAUCGCCUCGGGCUUCUUCGCGGGGUCGAACCCCGCGGGCGCGGGCACGUCCGCGGCGGCGGCCGCGCGGGGCCUCGUCGACGCGGCGCGCGGCGCGGGCGGCACCAUGGUCCACACGUCGACGCUCGCCAAGGACGCCGUGCUCCGCGCCGUGCACCACAACGCGGACAAGUACGUCGACGAGCGCGACAACGCGCUCAUGCUCGAGACGGCGCUCGCCGAGGGCUACCUCGACAAGGCCGUGGAGCGCCUCUCGGGCUGCCGCCUCGGCAGGCGGCCCUGGGUCCUCGAGUGGUGCGUCCUCAAGCAGCACGACGGCCACCUCACGCUCUUCUACACGAAGAAGAACGACUCGGGCUUCCACGGCGCGACGAAGAAGGCGCGGCUCUCGGAGGUCCGCUACGACGCCUCGGAGGGCCAGUUCUGCGUCCUCGUGACCAAGCUCGGCAAGAGGAAGAAGAUCCUGCACUUCCGCGCGUCCAAGUUCCGCGGCGCGGCGACGGACAAGGUCCUCGCCGUCGGCGAGUGGUGGAAGCGCCUCAACCCCGAGGGCGGCCUCGGCGACGGCGACUGGGUCGCCAUCGACCCGGCGGCGAAGCGCUUCUCCACCGGGCCCGUCGUCAACAGCGCCGACCCCGUCGCCUAG